GCGAGCCUCUCACCGAAGGGCCCCUCAACGUUUUAGAGGACGGAAAGUAGGUGCGGGAGGGAAGGUGAACGAAGAAAAGUUGGGACAUGACGAAGUAGACGUGAGGAAAAACGUCCGGGCAAUACAGGCAGCAGGCGGGAACAGCGAUUGUGGGCCCUCACACAUAGACCGGAAGUGGGCGGGGCCGGCGGCGGCCGGCGGGAGCAGAGAUUGCAGCCCCCGGCGGAGACAGGAAAUGGGCGGUCCUAAGGGCGGGGCGAACACGCAGGGCGGGGCUGGAGGGGGCGUGUCCGCCCGGGCGCGGCCCCGGCAAGGCGGUGUCGGAGUCUGACUGCAGAAGCCUGAGCUGGAGUCGUGGGAGCUCUCCAGGUUCCAGGAUCUCCGACCGCGCUGCUAUGGGACCCGGCUGAGCCGCCAGCCGGUGAAGAAACAAAGUGGCGGCGGAUGGAGGGGCCGGCAGAGCUGGGCCCCGAGGCCGUGCUGUGCUUCCUCGCGGAGCAUGGGGGCCGAGUCCGGCAUGCCGAGCUGGUGGAGCACUUUAGGGGCGCCCUGGGCGGCGAGCCGGAGCAGCGGGCCCGCGCCCGUGCCCGCUUUAAGGAGCUGGUCAACGCGGUGGCCACUGUGCGUACAGAUCCCGCCGAUGGCGCCAAGUAUGUUUACCUCAAGAAGAGGUUCUGCUCCGGAUCCGCGCCGCGGGAGGCCGCGCCCCCCGGGGGCCUGCCUCUCAUCGAGGUGACCGCCGAGCCAGAGGCCCCAGGUCACCCGACCGGGUCCGAGGAAAGCGGCCCGCGCCCAAAGGCAGAGGACCCCAAGGCGGCGGACCCUGAGGUGCCUCCGGAGCAGGGCCGUGAGCCAAGCGAUGGGGAGCCCCCGGCUGCCGCUCUAGGGCCGCCUCUGAACGGCGGGGCUCGGAGGAAGAACUCUAGGCGCGGCGUCCAGGCCCUAUCCCAGAUGCCUCCUCCGGGGCCCAGCGAGGACCUGGAUCCUCCACCCCACGGUUGCGAGGAGGCGGACUCCAGCAGCUCCCUUGGAGGACCCACCACCCCAAGAUCUGCCCGCCAGAACUUCCGGGACCUGGUGAUGGGCAGCUCCCCGCAACUGAAGAGGAGCGUGUGUCCUGGGGGCAGUAGCCCUGGAAGCUCCUCCGCGGGAGGUCGCGGCAGAGGCGCGGGCGACUCGGAUAGUGCAUCGGUGGCUUCAUCGUCCGCAGAGGAGGAGAGCAGCGGCGGGGGCUCAGUGACCCUGGACCCUCUGGAGCAUGCCUGGAUGCUUUCGGCCUCGGAUGGCAAGUGGGACAGCCUAGAAGGUCUGCUUACCUGCGAGCCUGGCCUACUGUCCAAGCGAGACUUCAUCACCGGCUUCACCUGCCUGCACUGGGCAGCCAAGCAUGGCAGGCAAGAGCUCCUGGCCAUGCUGGUCAACUUCGCCAACAAACACCAACUGCCAGUGAACAUCAACGCCAGGACAAGUGCGGGCUACACCGCCCUACACUUGGCCGCUAUGCACGGACACGUGGAGGUGGUGAAGUUACUUGUGGGGGCCUACGACGCAGAUGUGGACAUCAGGGACUACAGCGGGAAAAAGGCCUCCCAGUACCUGAGUCAGAGCAUCGCCGAGGAGAUCAAGAACCUGGUGGGAGCCCUGGAUGAGGAUGAUGGGGAGAGCGCUGCCGGUAGCGGGGGUGGACGUUGGAGGCUUUCGAAGGUGCUCCCCUCACACCUUAUCACCUAUAAACUCUCUCAUGUCUUAGAGGAUGGGGGGGAUCAUCACCACCACCAUCAUCACCAUCACCACUUGGCUGAAGGAUGGACUGGAGGCAAAGCAAAGGAUUCCAGUCGCAAAGCCUCGAGCAGCUCUAGCGGGCGGAUAAAACCCAGACUCAACAAAAUCCGCUUCCGAACCCAAAUCAUCCACACCACACCCACUUUCAGGGACCCAGAGCAGCCACUGGAGGAAGGGGAGGAGGAGGAGGAACGAUCUCUUAAAGGCCACUCAUCCUCGUUCAAAUUGAGACCGAAGUCCAAUGUGUUUGGGUAAAAAUAUUUUUUUUUAGAAAUGCUAAGGUUUAUUUGUCUUUUGGAUAGAAUACUAGAUGUGAGUACGGAAAGGAGACCAGAAAAGAUUGUCGCACUCUUUUUGAGGGAUUGCGAUGGGUAACGAAAGAAUUCCCCUCUGGCUAGCUUUCUGGAGGAAGUGGAUUUCUUUUUUAAGUGAUUGACCAUACAUUGACCUCUGCCUCUUCCCAUUCCACCCCUCUGACCUGUGGUCCGUGUUUCUGAGGACUAGAAAUGUAACUAGGGGUACAGAAUUCAUGACUGAGUUCCUUUGCUUUAACGGAUACCAUGCAAAGUAAACAAUGUUGCACUUUUUUAGUAUCUGUUUUUCUAAGUGGUUACUCUCUCAAGAGCAACAAAAAUGCAAAUGUUAAUGAAACUGGUAGUAUUAUUUUAAGUGUGAACAAAACUACAUGCUGCUCUGUAGUUUUAAUAAUUGCGUUUGCUUUUUAAGGUACUACUGAAGGUAAGGUCAGAGUUGAGAUGCGAAAGUACUAACUAGAGAAUAAUGUGAGUAAAAUGGGAAUCCUGUUGGUAUCCUAUUUGUAUUGCAAAUAGCAGGUUAGUUAUUGUUUUAAAAGCAAUUUCAAUUCUUAUCACUAAGAUUUAAGCAACCAUCACUUUUAAGUUAAUCUGUACUCUGGUUUCCACCUAUCUUAACUCCACUGCACUCAGUGUUAUGGUACAUUAUUAAUAACUACACAUUCUUGUCUAAGGAGAACACUCAGCAGCCUAUGUAUGUUUAAAUAAAAUAUUGCCUCUCUUUCUGAUUGACUCUAACUUGUCCUAUUCCGAAAGUCUAAAUUUGUUAGGAUUUGUAUUCUGGAAUCAUAUGAUGAUUGGUUCUCUUUUGUUUGGUAUAACCCUAAUGGUGCUUAGGCAGAAACCAUUUCUGGAUUAGACAAUUGGGGGGGGGGGGGGGGCAUAAAUGUUAGUGAACCAAUGCUUCUGUGAAGUAAUUAUUAAAUCAACUUAAUGAUUCUUGGGUAAGAAACUUUUAUUUUACUAAUACAUUCAUAAUUUCUAUGCUUUGUAGCAACAUUUUACAAAUGUUUAAAACAAAAUCAGUUUCCUACCUUUCUUUGAAUAUAUUCAAAGAGCUCUAGUGUAGUUACUGAAAAGCUGGGUGUUAAAUCUACCCAGUUAAAAAUGGCACUUUAUAAAAAGGAAAAGAGAGGAGAUGAAACUAUUUCCAUAUUUAAAUGCUGCUAUUGAAUUCCUUUGUAUAUAAGUGAAAGAUAUCAUUCAUUAAAAUUAACGACUUGUUUAAGUAUGAUUCUUAAUUACAUUUCAUUCAUUUGUGUAAGAGUAAAUGGCUUUAUAAUUACUUCAAAAUUUAACUCACAUGCAUAUUAAGUUGUCUCAUAACAAGAGUAGAAACUUUCUUGGGGGAUAAAUUUGACCAAGUCCUUUUCCCUUAGUCUUUUUAUUCUCCAGAUGUUGAAAGUUAAGUUGCUACAGCCUACAAGAUAAAAAAGAGAAAAUAAGUUUGCAGAGUGAGUGAAUCCAUGUGUGCAUUGCACAGAGCCUCAGCAUUUAAAGUUCUUAGAUCUUUAAUUUCCCAAGUCAUAGAAAUUUGUAACAAAUUUGUCACAUCUCUCUGUAGAUGGCAGUUGAACUUGUUUAAAGAUGGAUUUAAAAAACUAGUCACAUAAAGUAUAUAAAUGAUUAUCCAUUUGUGUGCCUUCACUUUUGUUGUAGGAUUUGGGAAAUGGACCAUGUACUUUUGAAAAGCACUUUCAUUCACACAUGUGGGUGGAAAAAAAAUGUAAUUUUUUGUCAUUGAAAAUAGUUCCUUGAGAGUGAAAUAUAGUCUGAAUCUAUACAUUCCUUGUGUCUUAUGUAAGAAUAAGCUACAACUUCCCAUUGAGGAAUCUUAAAUUUCAUAGACAUGUAAAGCUAUGGCAACUAUAGUAGUACACUUCAGAACCUUCUGAAGAUUCUAUUGAAUGGUCAGUAUUAAUCUCUUAAAGCAUAUAUUAGUAACUAUGCACAAAAUCUAUAAUUUACUAGGUCUUCAGAAAUUGUCAGUACAUCAUUAACUUGCUCUUCACACCAAAGGUACAAUUUUCUGGUAAAAUAAUAUUUUAAAUUUUCAAAAAGUCAUUCCCAAAGGGGGGAACUACUGGUAGCAUUCCUUCUCACAUAUGAUUGUGUGCAGUAAGUGUAGCAUUUUCAGCUACUGAACUCUACAUUCCUGUUAUUUUUCAGUUUCCUAAUCACAAUUAUAAAAAACAAAUAAUUUGUGAAUUUAAUAUUCAUAGAAUUGUGCCUACCAUUAAUGGAAAUAAGUAUGUCAAACACUUUGAUGUCUAUUGACGUGAGACUGGUUAAAAACAGGUAUGUCCAUGUGUUUCUUAUGAAUACGCUUGAAGCUAGUGAAUGUUUGUCAGAAUUUAUUUUUGUGGUAUGUAAAAUGUGGCUAGCUUAUAUAACUUAAAAAUCUGGUACUAGUUUAUUCAUGCCUAAAAUAUUGGAGUCUCGGAUGCCUUGUCUUUUACUUUUUGAGUAAGUGAAAGUUUGGAAAUUUGAAAAUGUAAAAUCUGUAAAGUUUGUUUUUGUCACAAUAAAAGGUUCACA